CGCCAAUAGCUAGCUAACUGGCAGCUUAGCCUUAGCCAACACCCCCAUCUGCUAGCUCUUCUCUCCCAAUAGCAAAUAUCCUAUCCUAUUUAGCCCUCUUCUUCCUCCUCAGCUCGCCCACCCCACCAGCCCUCUUCUUCCAAUUGCACUCAGAGUGACUUAGACCUGGAUGGUUCGCAUCAGCUUCUGUCGGUGUAGAGAGAUUCAUCCAUCUCCUUCCCUGAUUAAGCCACUCUCACUCUCUCAGUGUUUCUAAGCAAGAGUGACUCAAGCACACACACCAGAUCGAUGGUCAACUUGUUGCAAUGCAGCAGUGCUCGCAUGCCCUUACGGCCUCCCUUCUUCUCCAUUCUCCUCCUCCUCCUUACCUCUUCCAUGGAGGUAGCAUACUCAGAUGCCAGGAGGUUGCCGCUGCGUGGUGUACUAGAGAUUGGCACCAGCAAGGAGAAGGAGGCAGAAAUCAGAGGAGAGAUGAAAGGGAGGGCUCUGAUUGGAUCAAGGCCUCCGAGAUGCGAGAGGCUGUGCAUCUCCUGUGGCCACUGCGAGGCAGUGCAGGUGCCCAUUGUGCCACAGGAUCAUCACAAGGGAGCUACCACUACCAGAGCUCAUCAGGAGCAUGAGGUGACUGCAAUGUUCACCUUCAGGGUGAACGGCAUCACAAACUACAAGCCCCUCAGCUGGAAAUGCAAGUGUGGAGGCACGAUCCUUGAUCCAUGAACACAAGAGGAUUCACCAUUGUUGUGCAAAAUGUAAACACCACUUCCUCCUGUUCAUCAUUUUUUCUUCUUUUUCGGUUUCGGUUUUGGUUUGUUUUCCUCUCAGACCACUCCCAACGGCUUUCCUUCGGGUGAAAUUUUGGCUGUGAAGGAAUUUUCAUUCCCUUUAGUAUUCUAAUAAUUUUUCUUCACAGUUUUCGUCACGAAGAGAUUCUUAAGG